AUGUCAGCGUAUAUAGUCUCAAAAGCUGCACUGAACGCACAUACAAGGAUUCUAGCAAAGAAGUACCCCACUUUUCGUAUCAAUUCGGUCUGCCCUGGCUUUGUCAAAACAGAUAUAAACUACAAUGUCGGUGUCCUACCUGUCGAAGAAGGGGCUGCAAGGGUUAUGAAUUUAGCAUUGCUGCCAAUGAUGGCCCUUCUGGCUCCUUCUUUGUUCAGUAUGAAGUGUCAGAUUUUUAAUUGA